CUCACAGCUGACCACACCAGCCUCUGCUGCUGAGAGCGGCCGCCUUAAAAAACCCGAGGAUUCACACUCAUCCGGCUCCCGAGACCCAUUCACAGUUUAGUUUUGUGCUGAAGAUCCAGAGGCGAGCAUGUACUCCAACAAGUCUGACGGGCAGGGGCCACGCCGAGGGAGAUCCUUCGACUCCAUGAACAUCGUUUAUGAGGAGAAGCAGCUCAACAAUGAAAUGAACAAGGUGACGUUCAGCAAAAUUGAUGAGAACAAGGACAACAAAAGCUUCUCGUCUGGAAGGCCGUCCGGCCGAGCAGCCAUCGUUUUCUCCCUGAAGAACGAAGUCGGGGGGCUCGUCAAGGCCCUCAAACUCUUCCAGGAGAAACACGUGAACCUCGUCCACAUCGAGUCCCGCAAGUCGAAGAGGAGGAACUCGGACUUUGAGAUCUUCGUGGACUGCGACAGCGACCACGAGCAGCUGAGGGAGCUGACGCAGCUGCUGAGGAAACACGCCAACAUCGUGGAGAUGGACCCGCCCGACAACUCCAGCCUGCCCGACGACGACGCUGUCACUCCCUGGUUCCCGAAGAAGAUUUCUGAUCUGGACCUGUGUGCCAACCGGGUGCUGAUGUACGGCUCUGAGUUAGACGCCGACCAUCCGGGAUUCAAAGACAACACGUACCGUAAAAGAAGAAAAUAUUUUUCCGAUCUGGCCAUGAACUACAAACACGGAGAUCCCAUUCCCCGGGUGGAGUUCACAGAGGAGGAGGUUCGGACGUGGGGCGUCGUGUUUCGGGAGCUGAACAAGCUGUACCCCAGCCACGCCUGCAGGGAGCACCUGAAGAACCUGCCGCUGCUCACCACGCACUGCAACUACAGGGAGGACAACAUCCCGCAGCUGGAGGACGUGUCCCGCUUCCUGAAGGAGCGCUCAGGCUUCAUCAUCCGGCCCGUGGCAGGUUACCUGUCGCCCAGAGAUUUCCUGGCAGGUCUGGCCUUCAGAGUUUUCCACUGCACCCAGUACGUCCGCCACAGCUCCAACCCCCUGUACACGCCCGAGCCAGACACCUGCCAUGAGCUGCUGGGUCAUGUUCCCCUGCUGGCCGAGCCGAGCUUCGCUCAGUUCUCUCAGGAGAUCGGACUCGCCUCGCUGGGAGCGUCGGACGACUCGGUGCAGAAACUGGCCACUUGUUAUUUCUUCACGGUGGAGUUCGGGCUGUGUAAGCAGGAGGGCUCUCUGAGGGCGUACGGGGCCGGGCUGCUCUCCUCCAUCAGCGAGCUCAAGCACGCUCUCUCUGGAAAGGCCCACAUCCUCCCGUUCGACCCGGCGGUCACCUGCAACCAGGAGUGCAACAUCACCACCUUCCAGGAUGUCUACUUUGUGUCGGGAAGCUUCGAGGAGGCGAAGACCAAGAUGAGGGAGUUUGCCAAGACCAUCCGCCGUCCGUUCACCGUGCGCUACAACCCGUACACCCAGAGCGUGGACGUCCUGAAGGACACCAACAGCAUCACCAGCAUGGUGGAGGACCUGCGGCACGAGCUGGACAUCGUGGGCGACGCCCUGAACCGACUCAACAAACACCUGGGAGUCUGAAAACCCCCGGCUGACCAAACCAUCCAGCCUCAUCUUCACUGCUCGAGGCCUGUUCCUCUUCAAACAAAGUAUGGGAUGAGAUAAUCCCACUCGUUUCAGAUGUUAAUCAACUGGUUUCCAGAAUUUUUCCUGAAUCAAGUGUCAUUUUCUUGAUCCUAGCAGGCUGACCUGUACAACGGCAUAUUAGGGCCCUUUUAUGGA